AUGACGGCAGAUACACCUGGUCGAGUCUCUUCGGCCAGAAAGAGGCGAUCAAUGUCGGGCAAUCUUCGUAGCAGUGCAGGCGGGACGGGCAUCCCCCGCGCACAAUCAUCUCUGAGGGUCUCACGGGUCUCUUCCUAUCGCGCCAAUACGCAGCCUCAAUAUGAUCUAGUCAGCGGUGAAGAUGCGCCGAAUCAUCAGAAUAGUCGUAACGGUCCAAGGCAAGCUCAGACUGCCGCCGGCUCGGCGCGCGCAUCCUCACACGAGAGUUUCAAAGAAAACAUGGCGCCUCCGGAUGCUGAGCACUACGAGACCCAGCGAAAGCAGAUCGAAGAACUCAAGGCUGAACUUGCAACGGAGCGCUUCAAAAGUAAUACUUCGGUCCAGGAGACCGAGAUGAAAUUGCUGCAAUAUCAAAAUGACGUGCGCGACGCUCAACGAAAAGCCGACGAGGACUUCAAGCAACGACAGGCUGCUGAGGCGGAAUACCACAGACUCCAACGGCAGAUUGAGUCCGUACAGACAGAGUCAACCGAAUACAAAGAGAGCUGGUCGCGCGAGAAACUAGCACUGGAGAAAAAAGCACGGGAUGCAGAGGAUGAGGCCCGGCUCUUGAGAGAACAGCUAGAGGAGCUCUCGGCAGCCAAAGACGAAUCCGAACGCAUCAAUCAGAAGAGAUACAUGGAUAUCCAGUCGCAAUUGACGAGUCAGAACCAAUCAAUCGAUGAGAUCGAGAAGGACUCGCAAGCCCGCGAAGCCUUGCUGCAGCAGACUCAAGAGCAACUCGCAGCCAAGGACAAGCUUGUAGGCGACCUGGAGGCAGAUGUCUUGCGUUUGAAGGCACAGACGGGCGAUGCCGAUACCAUUGCUGUCAUCAAGCGCGAGCUUGCUGAACAAGUCGCACACAUCCGGUCGCUGGAGGCGAAAACGUCAAAACAGCAUGCGGAACUCAGUCAUUUACGACAAAUACACAAGGCUGUCGAGGUGGUCGAGGAGGAGAAGCGUUCGCUGCAACGCAAAUUAGAGGCGGCAUUGAGCCUCGAGGCCGAGCUGGCCGAGGCCAAAAUUCAGCGAAAACGAUUAGAAGAUGAGCGCUUAGCCUGGUCCUCGUAUCUCCAAGACGCCAGUGAGAAUGACGGCAUCAUGGAGUUUGACUCCCCAGAAGCCGUCGCUCGGGCCCUCGUCCAGGAGCGGUACAAUUCUGCCUCGUUGCUGGAGAAAUUGGGCGAAGUUCAGCCACAGAUUGCUGAACGCGAUGAGAUCAUAAGGUCUCUGGAGAACGACAAGCUAGGCCUCGCUGAUGAAAUUGAAAAACUCCAGACGGCAGCGGUGCCUCUUUCAGCAGACAAGGCGAGGGCGAGGAGUGAACGUCAACUAUCUCUUGUCACCAAGGAAGUCGAGCAUCUUCGUGCACAACUUAAAACAUUCGACGCCGAAGACGAAACAUUUGAGCCAGAAAAGGUCGAUCAUGACCGAGCAGAACGCAUCUCCCAAUUGGAACGCCUACUCGACCAGUACAAAUCCGAGAUCCAGAAUCUGCAUGCCGAGCUGUCGUCUGUGGAGGCCUCGGCAAGCCAGAAAACACCGGAGCCCAGAGUAGGCAACAAGCGCAAGAGUACAGAGGACCCUGAGGCUGAGCAGAUCGGAGAACUCAACCGCAAGCGGCGGCAGCUUGCGGACGACUUGUCCAAAGCCCAAUCUGAGCUACAGGUCUUGCAAAAGGACAAGCUAGUGUUAAAGUCACGCCUCCGAGCAGCGGAAGCCCAAAACAAGACACGAGUCUUGUCUCUGAGGUCUAAUCCGACUUCGGACUGGGAAGCUAUCAAGAUGCGCGAUAUUACUGCGCUCAAGGAAGAGAACAAGCAAUUGCUAGCGAAACUGCAAGGAGUCAGUCGCAACUCGUCGAUACCUGUCAUUCCCGCUACUCAAUUAGCAGCAGCGAAGCGAGAGGUGGAAGAAGCAUUGCGAGAAAAGGCAUCUGCCGAGAAGAAGGUGCUUCGGCUCAAGCAAGUAUGGGCAGCAAAGUCCAACGAAUUCAAGGAGGCCAUCUUCAGCACCCUCGGCUGGAAGGUCACUUUUAUCCCGAAUGGCAAGAUGCGUGUCGAGAGUGUAUUCUACCAAAGCCAAACCGAGGAGAACGAGAACAGCAUCGUGUUCGACGGCGAGCGCGGAACCAUGAAGGUCAGCGGUGGUCCACAAAGCCCAUUCGCGAAGAAGAUUCAAGAUCAGAUCCAAUUUUGGGUCAGAGAAAAAGGCUGCAUCCCCGGUUUCCUCGCAGCUCUGACUCUAGAAUUCUGCGAGAAUGCCAAUGACGAACCACCCAAGAAUGGCGGUUCAUGA